GUUCAUCACAUUCGGCCACCGCUGCCUGUAACAACCAAAUCACGCAUCGAUCUACAAACUGUCAUUCCACGGGUGUUACUCUUUGUCCAAAAUUGUACUCUGAGAUGCGGUGAUUCAUCCAUCGAAAUUGAAAUACUCGUCGACUGA